GGAUUAUUCAACUAUUCGAGUUGAAUUGACAUUUACAAUCAAUCCUAGUUCAUGAACUUGGAUUCAAUUCACAUACAACCGUGGCUAUCCACUUCCCCGCUUAGCUCGGUGGUAUACCAUCAGACGAGCUCCAACUGAUAUCUUCGAGCUCUGUCUAAAUAAGACCUAUGCCACUUCCACAGCCCAAAAGAGUCGCAAUCAUAGGAGGUGGUUGCACCGGUGUCACCUCCUUUUGGGCUUUGCAACAUUCGGUCCACGAUGUCCAUCUCUUCGAGACUUCUUCCGAAUUGGGUGGGCGUAUCAAGACAGUGCCCUUUGAGUAUGACGAGGGUCGAGUCGAUGUGAAUACAGAAUCCCCGUGUUUUAAUCUAGAGGAAUCUCCCAAUUUCGUCUCGCUUCUACGGUGUCUUAGGAUAUCUACAUCUCCGAUUCCUCUCAAUUUUGGUGCAUCCGAUGGCCUUGACACAAACCAAUGGGGAUGCAGCGUCUUAGAAAAUAUGCUCCUGCAUCCCCGGUAUCUUUGCCGCUUAGAGACCUAUCGGAUCCUGUUUGAUAUUAUCCGGCUCAGAUACUUGGCUCUAGACGUAUUAGCAGACAAGGCUUUGUUUAGCUCACAGCACCGCUCACAACAUUCUUUAGAUGCUUACAAUUACCUAUUAAAUGAAGGGCUCUCGUCUAGUUUCCGGGAUAAGUACCUGGCUCCUCUGCUGUCAACAUUAUGGGCCACAAAUGCUGGUCGCUUUCUUCCCUGUCUUUCAAUAAGGGAUCUAGCUCGUUUCCUGCAUGAUCAUGAUCUGCUUCGCAUUCGAAGGUUCUCGACAACAUGGCGGCGUAUGGAUGUAACUGCCAGUCAGUUUAUCCAACGCAUGGCAGGCAGCUUUCCCGCUAGUAAAGUCCAUCUUGGGACGAAGGUCCGGCAAGUCGAGAGAACUGGGAAUGAGAAAUACAAUAUCUUCACUUCCGACUCCGAGAAGAUGAACUUCGAUCAUGUUAUUUUCGCUGUUGAUAGCGACGAGACUAUUCGGCUGCUCCAGCCAACAAAGAGCGCCAAAGAGAGGGAGAUCUUGCAAGAUAUACGGAUAACGAAGAACAUUGCUGUUUUGUAUUCUGACCCUCUCUCAAUACCCAACGCUCACUUUAAUUAUAUCAUAUCCCCCGACCACCACCCUAAUCACCACCCGCCAAUAGCUUGCCUAACUCACAACGUAAAUACCUUCCAAAACAUACCAACCAGCCUCGCUGGCCCCAUCUCCAUCACCGUAAAUCCCUUCGCCCCUCCGCAUCCGACCCUCGUCCAGGCUGUCUGGGAAUUCACCGAUUCCGAAAUCAGUACUACGACUCUCCAUGCCCUCCGUCGUCUACCAUCUAUUCAGAAUAUGAACGGGUUAAGUUACUGCAGCACAUGGACAGGACGUGGCUUCUUUGAAGAUGCAGUUACGGGUGGUUUGAAAGUCACGGCGGAGCAUCUAGGCGCGGUUGUGCCGUUUGAGGUUGAAUUGCACGAAGGGAGUUUGGAUGAUGGGAAGUUCGAGGCUGGAUUGGCUAUGGGGAUAAGGGAUCAUUUUGUUCUUACCGCUUUGGGGUUGGUAAAGGUGUAUGUGAGGGUUUUCGAGUUGGCGUCCAUAUUAUUGGGGCUCUUUUGGGCUUGGAUAACGAAAGGUCGAACUUGGAAAAGAUAG